AUGAAACAAGACGUGUAUGCCAAUGAUGAUAAUGUACCGGUUGACCCUACACUAACAAGCAAAGAUGUGCCAACCGAUGAAAAUAUUGUUCAAAAUAUUGAUCCAUUAAUUGAACCAUUAAUCGAUACAGAUGAAUUAGAAGUAAAUGAAAAUGAUGAUGAAAAAUUUACUAAACUAGAACGACGAUGUUCAUUAAUUUUAAGUAUUCAUUCUCAUCGAUCGAAUGAAAUAAAUUCAUUUUCUCAAACAACUCGUCGAUGUAAAGGAAUAUUUUAUGCACUUCUUGGUUCAUCUCUUUUUACAUGUUCUGGUUUUAUGAUAAAACAAUUACGUGUGGAUUUUUUUGAUGCAUUACUUUGCCGAUUUAUUGUACAAACAUUUAUUCUUACUAUAUUUAUUGUUUACAAACGAUAUAAAAUAAUACAUGGUUCAUUUAAUUUAAUUCUUCUACAAAUUAUUCGUACAAUUUUAGCUUCAAGUGGUUUAUUUCUCUUUUAUUCAAGUUAUCGUUAUAUUCCAUUACCAGAUUUAACAACAUUUCGAUAUACACAAGUUAUUUGGACAACAAUUCUAGCUAUGAUUAUUUUACAUGAACGUAUAUCAAUACCAAUUGUAUUAGCUAUUAUAUUAACAUUAAUUGGUGUUGUAUGUGUUGCACAAUCAACAUUUCUAUUUGGUAAUUAUCGACAAUUAUCUGAUUUAAAUGAAACUAUAAAUAAAAAUGUCGAUGAUAUUGAUUUGGAAUCUAAUAAAUCUUAUCGAUUUUUAGGACUUUGUCUUGCACUUGCUUGUGCAUUAGCAAUAUCUGGUAGUAUUGUACUUAAUAAAAAAUUAUUAAUAUUAAAAUUUCCUCAAAGUAUUCUUAUGUUUCAAUUUUCAUUUUUAAAUUUAUCUAUACUUAUUAUUAAUCAAAUACGUAAUCGUUUUAUUCUUCAUUUGUAUACAAAUCAUUCAAUGUUUACUUGGCAAUUUUUUCUAGCUGCAUUUGUGUCAUUAAUACAAUUAUUUUCUUCAACAAUAACACAAAAAGCAAUUAAACUUGAACAUCCAUCGAUUAUUUCUGUUACACAAUCAUCCGAUAUAUUAUUUGCUAUUAUACUUCAAAAUUUAAUUGCUAAUGAAAAAUCAAAUUGGCUAGUCAUACUUGGUUCAAUAUUAGUAACAACAAGCAUUUUUCUUGUAGGAAUUCAAAAAUUUUGGACUGAUCGAAAUAAAUUAUUACACGAAAUGAAUAAUAAUUCAAAAGAAUAA